GUACCAGCACCUCGACUUCUCUCCCUGGAACACUGUCUAAACUCCAGGGGCCAUAGACCAAGCUGAGCGAUGGGUGCUGAGGAGGAGGUGCUGGUCACACUAUCAGGGGGAGCACCCUGGGGCUUCCGACUUCAGGGGGGGGCCGAGCAGAGGAAACACUUGCAGGUGUCCAAGAUCCGAAGACGUAGCCAGGCUGGCAGAGCAGGACUCCGAGAGAGGGACCAGCUCUUGACAAUCAAUGGGGUCUCUUGCACCGGCCUCUCUCAUGCCAGUGCCAUGAGCCUCAUCGAUGCCUCAGGGAAUCAGCUUGUCCUCACUGUGCGGCGGGUAGCAGAUGAGGGGUCUGUGCGCUCUCCAUCCCCUGGUGAGCUUCAGGUGCUGUCACCCUUAUCUCCGCUGAGUCCUGAGCCCCCUGGUGCUCCAGUUCCCCAGCCUCUUCAGCCUGGGAGCCUUCUCUCACCUCCCGACAGUGAGGCUUACUAUGGAGAGACAGACAGUGAUGCUGAUGGUCCUGCCACCCAGGAGAAGCCCCGCCGACCCCGCCGCCGAGGCCCCACGAGGCCCGCCCCUCCGGGUGCCCCACCUGAUGAGGUCUACCUGUCUGACAGCCCAGCAGAGCCAGUACCUGUAAUCCCUGGCCCUCAGAGCCAGGGUGACAGCCGUGUGAGCUCCCCAUCUUGGGAGGAUGGAGCAGCCCUUCAGCCACCUCCAGAUGAAGCCCUGCUGUUACCCCAUGGCCCACUCCGGCCUGGCCCUCAUCUCAUCCCUAUGGUGGGGCCUGUUCCCCACCCAGUGGCAGAAGAUCUUACUACUACCUACACGCAGAAGGCCAAGCAAGCCAAACUGCAACGUGCAGAAAGCCUCCAAGAGAAGAGUGUGAAGGAAGCCAAGACCAAAUGCCGGACGAUUGCAUCCCUGCUAACUGCAGCCCCUAACCCCCACUCCAAGGGAGUGCUUAUGUUUAAGAAACGCCGGCAGAGAGCCAAGAAGUACACCCUAGUGAGCUUUGGAGCUGCUGCUGGGACAGGAGCCGAGGAGGAGGACGGCAUUCCCCCCACCAGUGAGUCAGAGCUCGAGGAAGAAACCUUCUCCGACGCCCGCAGCCUCACCAAUCAGUCCGACUGGGACAGCCCCUAUCUGGACAUGGAGCUGGCCAGGGUGGGCUCAGGCAAAGCAGAGGGCCAGGGCCCUGGGCUGGGAGGGCAGCUGAGCGAGGCCUCUGGGAGAGGGGUCCAGCUCUUUGAACAGCAGCGCCAGCGCGCAGCCUCCAGCACACAGGAGCUGGAAAAGGUUGGCUCCGCAGCCAUGAGCAAUGGGCAGGGCCUGCAGUCACCACCUCGGGCCCAGAGUGCUCCUCCGGACGCGGCUGUGCUCCCACCCAGCCCCUUGCCGGCCCCCGUGGCUAGCCCCAGCCCCUUCCUACCGGGUGGUGGGGCCUCCACCCCAGCUCCAAGCGUCUUUAACCGGUCGGCCAGGCCCUUUACCCCGGGCUUGCAAGGGCAGCGGCCAAGCACCACCUCGGUUAUUUUCCGGCCCGUAGCGCCCAAGAGGGCGAACGAAAGCCUGGGAGGCCUCAGCCCCGCCCCACCCCCCUUCUUGUCCACUCCACAGGGGCCCACCCCUCAGUCCAGCUUCACCUCAGGGGUUCCCAGCCACAUGCCAGCCUCGGGGUCCGCCAGCACCUCACGCGCCUCGGGCCCGGUGACGGCCACCAGCUCCCUGUACAUCCCAGCCCCCAGCCGGCCUGUUACCCCAGGCGGAGCCCCAGAGCCCCCAGGUCCUCCUAGCACAGCUGCCAUGACAUCCACCGCGUCUAUCUUCCUAUCUGCGCCUCUGCGAUCCUCUGCGCGCCCAGAGGUGCCCGCCCCAGGCCCAGCGGCCCCUGAGCCCCGCAGCGCCCGGGAACAGCGCAUCUCGGUGCCAGCUGCCCGCACCGGCAUCCUGCAGGAGGCCCGGCGCCGGGGGACCCGGAAGCAGAUGUUCCGGCCGGGAAAGGAGGAGAAGAACUCGCCCAACCCCGAGCUGCUAUCGCUGGUGCAAAACCUGGAUGAAAAACCCCGGGCCGGGGGUGCUGAAUCCGGUCCUGAGGAGGACGCUCUGAGCCUCGGGGCUGAAGCCUGUAACUUCAUGCAGCCACCAGGGCCCAGGAGUUACAAGACCCUGCCUCGCGUGACACCUAAAACCCCGCCUCCAAUGGCUCCCAAGACCCCGCCCCCUACGGCUCCUAAGACUCCACCUCCAGUGGCACCUAAGCCUCCAUCCCGAGGGCUCCUAGAUGGGCUAGUGAAUGGGGCAGCCCCCUCGGCUGGAAUCCCUGAGCCGGCAAGGCUUCAGGGAAGGGGUGGGGAGCUGUUUGCCAAGCGGCAGAGCCGUGCAGAUAGGUAUGUGGUGGAAGCUACACCUGGUCCCCGCCUUGGCCCUCGGCCCAGAAGUCCUUCUCCCACCCCCUCACUGCCCCCUUCCUGGAAAUAUUCACCCAACAUCCGUGCCCCACCUCCUAUUGCUUACAACCCACUGCUCUCCCCCUUUUUCCCCCAGGCUGCCCGAACUCUCCCGAGUAAGGCCCAAUCCCAGGGGCCUCGUGCGACCCCCAAGCAGGGCAUCAAGGCUCUGGAUUUCAUGCGGCAUCAACCCUACCAACUUAAAACUGCCAUGUUCUGUUUUGAUGAGGUUCCCCCAACUCCUGGCCCCACCUCCUUAGGGGCUCCCAAAACUGCCCGAGUCCAGGAGAUUCGCAGAUUUUCCACUCCGGGGCCCCAGCCUACUGCGGAGCCCCUGGCUCCCACUGUGCUUCCCCCCAGAGCAGCCACUACCCUGGAUGAGCCCAUCUGGAGGGCAGAGCUGGCCUCAGCCCCUGUUCCUAGCCCAGCCCCUCCUCCAGAGUCUCCCAGGGGCCUUGGGGCUUCUCCCGGCUCCUGCGGUUUUCAGGUAGCCAGGCCCCGAUUCUCAGCCACCAGAACAGGAUUGCAGGCUCAUGUGUGGAGGCCUGGGGCAGGGCACCAGUGAGCAGGGCACAGGUCCCAGGACCAAGGAGAAGUGGAACAUCCAGUUCCUAAAGUUGCUUCUCCUACCCUAUCCCAGCCUCUCUUCUCAGGCAUCUGGGGGCUAAAUUUCCUCCUGCCAGAGAUAGUUUAAGAGUUGGUGUCCCAUCCCCCAGCUUCCUCCUCAAUCCCCACCUCCCUGCUGUUUUCCAUCCUACUAUCUCUGCUUUGGUAUCUUCGCUUCUCUUUGUCUCUGUAUUUCCUUGCCUGUACCUCUGUCUUUAUCUCCAGGCUUCUCUGCUCAUAUUUCUGCACAGGUCUCUGUUUCUUUACAUUUGUGCUUUUCUCUGUGGGCCUUACUUUAAUGUUCAGUGAGAAACACACAGAAGUUACCACUGGGACUUCAGGCAAGAAGCUUACCACCUGGCAGACAGCAGAGGGACUGACCUGUUUGCACUAAGCCCCUCCCUACUC